CGUCAUCUCCAGCACUGAAAACACAACAUCCAUCUUACUUAGCUGAAGUCAGUGGGAACCCUGAAGAAAGAUGAAUGUCCAUCUAAGCUUGAAAUGGGACAAGGAAACAGAUACAAGGAUUGGAAGAAGAGUCAACAAAGGGAGCCUCACGAAGGUUCACAAGAGGGUGUGGAGCAAGACUGUGACCUCUCAUACUGAAAAUGAACUGCGUGGCAAGGUUGUCUGGGUGACAGGAGCUUCGAGUGGAAUUGGAGAAGAGUUGGCUUACCAGCUGUCGAAGAUCGGAGCUUUGCUUGCCAUCUCAGCAAGAAGAGAAGAUGAACUGGAAAGAGUGAAAAAGAAAUGCCUCCAGAUCAGCAACUUGGCUGAAAAAGACAUCCUUGUUCUGCGUCUGGACUUGACUGAUAGAAGCUCCCAUGAAGCUGCAACCAACAGCGUUAUUAAGCAUUUUGGCAAGAUCGAUGUUUUGGUCAACAAUGGUGGACGUUCCCAACGCUCCCUGUUCAUGGACACAAACCUGGAUGUCUACAGCGCGAUAAUGGAACUUAACUACCUCGGCACGAUCUCUCUGACAAAGCACGUCCUGAAACACAUGAUUGAAAGGAAAAAGGGAAAGAUUGUGACUGUGAGCAGCGUGAUGGGUAUCAUGGGAGCCCCUCUUGCCUCUGGGUACUGUGCCAGCAAGCAUGCUCUGCAGGGCUUUUUUAAUUCUCUUCGGACUGAGCUGACUGACUACCCUGAGAUAAGUAUUAUCAGCAUAUGCCCAGGACCUGUACAGUCUAAGAUUAUACAAAAUGUCUUUACGGAGAAUCUUUCCAAGUCACUAGAGAACAGCGGCGACCAGUCCCACAAGAUGCCGACCGACCGCUGCGUCCGGCUCACGCUGGUGAGCACAGCCAACGACCUGAAGGAAGCCUGGAUCAGCGACCACCCCUACCUGGCCGUCUGCUACCUCUGGCAGUACGCGCCCACUUGGGCUUGGUGGCUGAUGAACAGAAUGGGCAAGAGGAGAAUACAAAACUUUAAGAGCGGCGUGGACGCCGAUGCCUCUUACUCGAGAAAGAAGAAGUAAGGAGAAACGGGCAAAAUCCUGCUCUUCUUGUGCUAAUGCAGACAGAGAAACUUUUUUUCAUAUUGCCUGACCGCAAGCCAAAACUUUUUUUAAUCUGUUGUACUUUUGUUGUCAUAUAACUUGACAAAUCUAUCAAGCUGUAUACGCACUUGGUGAAAUAAAAGUUUCUAAACAUA